CUAGGUGUGUCUCAGGCUGUGUCAUUGAAAAUUAAAUUGAUCCUCAACAUGAAAUAUCGCAGCAAUCCUUGCAAAUGGUGUAAUUCCAUUCUCUGUUCAUGAAGUGGCGGAAAAAGUGAAGUUUGAAGUUUCUCCCAGCGAUUGUAGUUUUUCGUCAGAGCCCCAGAAAUGGAGCUCCGCGUUGGAAACAAGUAUAGGCUAGGUCGGAAAAUUGGAAGUGGGUCCUUCGGUGACAUUUAUUUGGGCACUAAUAUUUGUACAGGUCAAGAAGUAGCUAUAAAACUAGAAUGCAUCAAGACACGGCAUCCACAACUUCAUAUAGAGUCCAAGUUCUACAAAAUGAUGCAAGGAGCAGUGGGAAUCCCUAUCAUAAAAUGGUGUGGCUCAGAAGGCGACUACAAUGUAAUGGUAAUGGAGCUCCUAGGACCUUCACUGGAAGAUCUAUUUAACUUCUGUUCUCGACGCUUCACAUUAAAGACUGUUCUCCUCCUAGCGGACCAGCUUAUCAGUCGGAUAGACUACAUACAUAGUCGUAACUUCAUUCAUCGAGACAUCAAACCUGAUAAUUUCUUGAUGGGCUUGGGGAAAAAAGGGAACAUGGUGUAUAUUAUAGACUUUGGUCUAGCCAAAAAAUUCCGGGAUGGCCGCACACAUCAACACAUUCUUUACCGGGAAAAUAAGAAUCUUACUGGUACCGCCAGAUAUGCCAGCAUCAACACUCAUCUUGGCAUAGAACAAAGUAGGAGAGAUGACUUGGAAUCAUUGGGUUAUGUACUCAUGUACUUUAAUAGAGGUUCACUCCCAUGGCAAGGGUUGAAAGCAGCCACCAAGAGGCAAAAAUAUGAAAGAAUUAGUGAGAAGAAAAUGUCAACAUCUAUUGAAGAACUUUGCAAAGGGUUUCCAGUUGAAUUUCCCUCAUAUUUAAAUUACUGCCGGGCACUCCGGUUUGAGGAAAGACCAGAUUAUUCCUAUCUUCGCCAACUCUUCCGAACUCUGUUCCAUCGCCAAGGUUUCACCUAUGACUAUGUAUUUGAUUGGAACUUGCUCAAAUUUGGUGCUUCAAGACAUGGUAAUUCUGAAGAGCAGCGAGAGCGGAGGACACAACAAAGAACUGCGCCUGCUGGAGCUGCAGCAUCAGGAGCUACUGCUGGACGGGGUAGGUCAAACUUUGAAAUGGUAAAUACCAAUGCAGGACCAACCCCACCUGUAACCACUGCCAGUCCUACAACAGCCUCUCCCAGGUUUCGAGGUGCCACAGGCGAAAUUCAAGAGCGGAGAGUAAGCAUGCGCUUGCAUAGAGGUGCAGUUGCUGCAAGCAACCCUAGCAAUGACCUUUCAACACCUAGAGGACAGGAACCAAAACCAUCAAAAUAGCUCAGGAUGGUGAAUGCAGCUCUUUCCCUCAAUGUUGUUUUUUUUUAUUAUUAUUUUUGCGCUACUCAAAGACUACAAAACCAUUAUUUUAGUGCUUUUAAUUUUUUAAUGAAUCAAGAGAUUUUUUCUCUUUCUAUCAAUCUAGAUUUGAAGAAGGCUUUUAAAAUAAGUUGUAUAUUUACAAUUUGUUCUGGGUGAACUUCUAAUGGAGCCGUCCAUUGUUUGUUUUAAAAGUUCGAAUGGAGUGCAAAUGGCGCCGCCUGUUUCAAGUCCGGGCACAGGACCAGCCCGUAGAGGCAGCAUUUCGAAGGAUAGCCUACGACAAAAUGGGAAGAAGUGAAAAGUGAAUAAAAGGGGUAUUGCUGUGAACUUUCUUCAGUCACCCCAUCAUACAAUCAUGUCAGAGUGACAUAGAUUCAUCUCUACUCCACUAAGUGAUUAAAUAAGGCAUUGUAGAGGAUGCCUUUAUUCCUCUGCAAUGAUUUGCAGUGGAAAGAUAUGAUUAUUUAAGUUACCGACUUAGUGUUCUCUGUUGUAAGUUAUAAACUUAACUUCUGGAGGACCUACAUCAAUUUUGUGAGCUGCUUUAGCUCCUGGUGCCUGCAGUACUGACUUUUACGUUCACUGUUGCACUCAACUGACAGAUGCGUUCUGAAAGCAAGAAUGGUGCAGUGUAUAGAAAGCAAGCCCAGUGGACAAAAUUUUAGCCCUUGUAUUUUGAUCGUCCUCUGUUUAUUUCCUUGGCUAAUUGGUGACUGGAUUGAUAUAAAAUUGAGAGGGAAUGGAAUGUUUAUUGUACAUUAUCAUUGUUUGUCUGUACAUGAGGCAAGCAAACACUGAAAUAUGUUAAGGUAAAUAACAGAGGACUCAGGUGACUGAAGCCUGAAGCAAGUAGUUUGUGUGUGGCUUAAUUUGCUGAAAGGCUCGCAAGUUUCUUAAACCUUUGAAAUAAAUUUUUUAUCUAAUCUCGUCUGGAUAUUCAGUGGUGCUUAUUAUGUGUGUUUCAAAUCCUUGUCAUUUGCAUAUCUGUCAUUCUAAAAGCCACUAUGAAGGUACAGUACCAUGCCAUCCCGUCAGUGAUAUCAAACCUCAUAAAGUAUGAGACAAUUAGGUAUUACUGAUGAGGUUUAUUAAAGUUCAGGCACAUUAGUGUAAAAAGAUAGGGUCAUGAUUCAUAUUAUGCCUGUGCAUAGCGGCUGCUGUACUUCCUCACUUUCUUUUAUUUUUAUGAUCUUUGAAUUGUCAUUUAGCUUGUUUUCUUUUAGGCUUAUUGUAAUGUGUGAGAUUUCACAGUGAGGAAACUUAAAGCUAAUUAGAAUUAGGAUGUGCCGAUUUCAUAUUAAGGUAAAACUCUUUAUUUCAAGUGACUGAAAUAUAGGGGAAAGCAGAAGACUAUAUUGUUCCCCACCUUUUAGUGACAUUUGCCGUUGAGUGUGGACAUACCUUAUUCCUUUUAAAUCCUAUCAUGUAUGUGCUAUGGUUAGAACUAGGUGAGGGGCUAGGCCUAGACCACUUUGGUUAUCCUAGUUAGGUGUAGCCACUUUCACUGCUGGCUGUUCCUAGGUUAAAUCUAAAAAUGCAGCAGAACUGAGGGAUUAAACAGUGCCAUUUUUCUUUUUAAUGGUUCUGUUGUAAAAGUGUAAUACAUUUUUUACCAUAACAAGAUUUGUUGAAGUGGUAUUUGCUGUUGCAUUUGACAAUGCAACAAGUGUUAGUGCAUCAACAGCUAAUGUCACUAAGCAUAUCUCUUGGGAUUAAAUGUCAUGUCAUACACCACUUCCAAGCUCUUCCACUCCCACCAAAAAAAAACAACGACAAAAACAAGCAGAAACAACAUCAAGAGAAAUACACACAUUGUUCACUCCCUCAAUUCUGUUGCAUUUUGAGGUUUAACUUAUCUGUCAGUUGCGCUCACCUUGCUGAACAUGCUAAUCCUAGAUUUAGCCAGCUUCCUAGCUCUAACCAUAACAUGGGGAUUUUAAGAGAACUGGCAGUAGUCUCAACUAAUUCCUCUCUCCUAUCCCCCCCCCUUUUUUUUCCCACUUUUUUUUGUGCAGAUUGUAAAACCUGUGAAUAUCCCCAUCUGACCAAUUCUUUUAAAAGUUUGUUCUGAAACAUUGCAGUAUCAGUGUUCCAAUUUGUAAAAAUAAUAUCCAACUCAUAUUCCCCGGCUGUGUCACUCUCAUGCACCUGCCUUUGAGUGAUUCCAAAUUUCACUUUUGUUAUUUACUUUGUGUACUGUUAUGUUUCUUUAGGCACUUUGAACAGUAAGAGAUAAUUUAGGUGUCUUUACCAUUUUCUUUUUUUUUAAAUUUAUUAAUUGGUUUUGGCCACAUUAAUGACAUCAUUAAUAUGUAUUUUAUUGCUACAUAAUAAUGAAGUUAUUUCCCAUUAUAUAUUAACAAGGCACAUUCGAGAGGUGUGUUCUGUGCUGUGCAUUUGGUGUAUUUGUUAUAUCUUACUAAGCUUGCAUUCAAUGUUUAUAAUGGACUGAUAAGAGAGCAUUGUAUGAAAUGCUUUAUCCUAGUUUUUGUACAGAGUUGUGAGAUGCGAAAUGUAAAGAAAGAUAAUUGUUUCUAAUAUUUGCACCACUAGCAUUGUAAAAUGCGUGGGUUCUCUUUAGUUAAUCAAAUUUACACACAUACAACUCAGAGAUGGUCAUGAUACUGUAUCUGUGCCAAACAAGUAUGUAACUGCCUCCUCACUCCUCUCCUUAAAACAAAAAGUGAUGUGGAAUCCUGUUCAAGUACAUGUCAUUACUUGUUUGCAACUAUUGCACUUUCAUAUCAAUCCCGUUUUCUUGAAAGAAUAUCUUGAUAAUUAUCAAGUAGGAGUAUUUCUAGCACUGUUCAAUUUUGUGUAUUUCUGGAAAAGUGACCUUUUAGGUAUUGGUGCUUCCUAGGUUGCGACAGUUAAAGGAAUGCCAGCGGGUUCUGAGUGACCUCUUGGUUGCAACAUUCAGAAAUAUUUUGUUUGUUCUUCAGAUAAGGUAGUGGGUGUAGCAGUAGCACCUAGCACUCCUUUAACUGGGCGCAUCCCUAAAUUGAUGAAAGUUGAUGCAUUCAACAGACCUCUUUGCCCUUCCUUACUGUUACAUUUCCUAAUCAAUAAGGGGAGGGGAUGGUGCUAGUGCUGACAAUUCUUGAUUUACUUCUAGAAGUAGGUGACCAAAACUGUUAACAUUUCUUUUCGGCUACACUUGUUUUUCUAAUUGUUCUUUCUUUACAAAGUGUACAUUGUUGUUUUUGCCGUGAUACAUUCAAACCUGGGAGUUGUUUAAGCUUGACAUUUUUGUUAAAUUAUUUCAGCCCUUUGAAGUAGUGUGUUGCGAUUCAUUUACUUAUUAAUCUGAACAGACUUCAAAUUCUCAUACCAAUACACAGUUAGUUUGUGCUAAGUGGCACUUCAUCAUCAUGUAUGCCAGUGUGAUAGCAGGCAUUAUGUUAGGCCAACAUUCUGUAGAGCUUUCUGUAUUUUCACCUUUUUUAUCAGUUAUUUUGUAUUGUAUGAGUGUGGGCCCAAAGGUGUUAUGUUGGACAUAACAUUAUCUUUCACACUGUUUUGUUAUCAUCUCUGUAUUUGAGUAAGUGAAAAAUAUUUAGUUGUUCUCAUUAAAACAGUCAGACAUGGAA